AUUCAGAUGGAAGAAGGUGUAUAUAUCGAGGAGGCACUGCAAGAUGUAUUGAAAGAAACUGAUUUAAUGAACUUUAAACGUAAGCUGUGUGUGGAACUACAGUUGUUACGUUUGGAACAUUUCGAUCAUAUCACAGAUCAUGAGUUGAAAUAUCACGCUUUAUCUGGAUUAUUUUUUGUGAAGUAUUUUAAGAUAAAGUUAUUUGAACGAUUGGGUGAAGGAUCAUUUGCGGUUGUCAAUCGUGCCAUUUGGACACCACAAACGGGUAACAAAUUGGAUGUUGCAGUAAAAAUUUUGCGUCACUCAACAACAGAAAUAAUUGAAGAUUUACAAAGAGAAGUUAGAAAUAUGCAAAAAUUGCAGCAUCCAAAUUUGAUCCAACUGUAUGGAAUUGUUUUCACAAAUCCUGCUAUGAUGGUACUUGAAUUUUGUGACGGGGGCGCGUUGAUUGAUCGCUUACGAUCCACUGAAAAACCAGUUAUUUUGGUUUCGAUUUUAGUUGAAUAUGCCAAACAAAUUGCGAAGGGAAUGGCUUAUUUGGAAUCUAAGCGUUGCGUGCAUCGUGAUCUUGCAGCUCGCAAUGUUUUGCUAACCAAUGCUGAUCAGGUUGCUAAAAUUUGUGAUUUUGGUUUGAUGCGUGUAUUAGAAAAUAAUGAAAGGCUGUAUGUUAUGUCUACAGAAAAGAAAGUCCCGUUUGCAUGGUGCCCCCCUGAAUCUUUGAGAUAUCGGCAGUUUUCACACGCUUCUGAUGUCUGGUCAUUUGGUGUGACAUUAUGGGAGCUAUUUUCUUAUGGUGAGGAACCAUGGAUUGGUCUUCGGGGAGCAGAGGUACUUUCUAAAUUAGAAGCUGGUGAGCGAUUGCCGAAACCACAAAGAUGUUCGCCAGAGUUAUAUGAUUUGAUUUCAAGAUGUUGGUCUUUAAAUGUUAAUUCAAGGCCGACAUUUAGUCUUUUAAAAGGAAUACUGUCAGAGAUUAUUUUCAUGAUAGCUGAGGUCCGUGAACGGAUAACCAUUGUCAACAGUUAUUUGAAUUAUUGGUUCUUAUGUUUGUUUUAUUAUAGCGAUUCAGUUUGGUAUGGACAAAACAUGAGAACAGCAAAAUUUGGCUUUUUUCAUCGUUCAUCAGUCCAUAUACGAAGUGAACGUUAUUUAGAAAAAAUUUGUAAACAGAUGGAAAGUCCUUUGCUGCCAGAAAGUAAAGCAGAAAUUCAAAUUUCUAGACCUGUACCAGGUGUGAUUUUAGCUUUUGUAUUUCUGGCCUUCCUUCCUUGCAAUUAUAUUUUUUGUGAUUUAUCAAACUUUGGAAAUAAAUUUAUAGGUUCAUUUAUACAUGCUGGACACGGUGAUAUAAAUUCAGAAGAAUCUUGGGGUCAGCCAGAUUACAUUGAUGACAUAUAUCUUAAGAAUCCUAUUUUGAGGAGUGAUAAAUACAUUGAAAGUAGUCAACACUCUGUACCAGAAAUAAUUCCAUCUCUUACUGAUUUAAAGCCACCGCUCUAUCGUUGGCAGCAAAAUGAGGGAAGUACUGUUAACGGUAAUGUCAUCUUGAUUGUAAAAUUUUCUUUUUUUCGUCCGUGA